AGAUAGUAUUCACAUCACUCACAAGAAGUGUUAGAACCAUAAAUACCACAGACCUGUACUGUUCCAAAGCCAAUACUAUCAGAAACACAUGUAAAGCAAUCAUAAAAAGAACUGGUGGUAUUUGUGAUCAAUGUGACCACCACCUACGCCAAGUGUCCUAGGCUAAGCACUGCGUCUGGUACACAGUAAGUGAUUAGUCAGGUAAACGUGAGUUGAACUGAAUUAGUUUGAUCAUUUUACCCUUUGAACUUGUAUUUGGGAUUAAAAGGGGGUUUUUGUUUUUGGUAACAGCUUUGUAAAGUAUAACUGACAUACAAUGAAUUGCUUGUAUUUAAAGGAUAUCGUUUGACAAGUUUUGACGUGUACAACGAUGAAACCAGUUGGGAUGGGGAAGUUUAAGGGCUGCAAAUAAAGAUGAUCUUAAUUUGGCAUCUAAAAGAACAGAUCACAGUGGUGAAGGUCCUGCGAACGGGGAGGCGCGACAGGAAACCUAAAGGUCGGCUCUGAGCUCCCAACCUGACGGGCAAAGUCGUCUGGCGGUUAUCCCUCCGUGGUUAGUCUCAGGGCUAUCCCGCUCACGCUCAGGACGCAGGCCUGGCUUGUGUCAAGAACUCUUGACUCGGGUACUCCGUCGCACUCUCCAAAACCAACUUCAGAAUCUAUCUGGGAGGAGCCCAGCUCCCGGUGCGGAACUUACCCAAAUAUCAGGAAGCGCGUCACCUUCGGACUCCAGAGGACCCGCCUCCCCAGGACAUCCGGGACAUUUUGGUUCCCGGCAAGCAGCGCGCCACCCGGGAGGGGCGGGCCAGAGGAGAGGGUUGGCCGGAAGGCGGAAGUGCAGAGAAUUCCGGUCGGCGUGAGCAUCGUGUGUUACUUGAAUUCCUGGGUUUUCGCAGGUAAAAUAUGGCUAAAAGUUUACGGAGUAAGUGGAAAAGGAAGAUGCGUGCUGAAAAGAGAAAAAAGAAUGCCCCAAAGGAGCUCAGCAGACUUAAAAGUAUUCUUAAAAUAGAUGGUGAUGUUUUAAUGAAAGAUGUUCAAGAGAUAGCAACUGUGGUGGAACCCAGACAUUGUCAAGAGAAAACGCAGUGUGUGGUGAAAGAUGAAACAGAUGACAUGAAGAUGGAGACUGAUAAUAAGAGAAACAAAAAGACUCUUCUGGACCAGCAUGGGCAGUACCCCAUAUGGAUGAACCAGAGGCAAAGGAAAAGACUGAAAGCAAAACGUGAGAAAAAGAAGGGGAAAAGCAAAGUAAAAGCCAUGAAGGCAGCAAAGGGUUUGACCUGGUAGACUCUGAAAACUUGAAAAAUGCCACAUGGGGUGAAUUGAUCAGAAAGCAUACAUGGAUUUCAGCUUCCACCAAAUGAAAACUUUAUUUCCAUUUUUUUAACUUUGCCUUUUUCUUCAAUUCAAGCCCAACAUAACUCCUCAAAUUUGGUAACUUGAAUAAAAUAUGUUAUUUGAUGAGUGAAAGUACACUGAUAUUUUAAUUGCAUGUUGUCCUCUCUGCAGGGAUUAUCAGACAUCAAGAUUCUCUCAAGUGUUAAUACAGUUGUAAUUGUUUGGUCUUAGAAAAAGUAAAAUAUGACAUCAUGCUGACAAAUUUGAGCUAACUCAGAUUUGAAGUAAACUGUUGUUAUCACUUGAAAAAUAUGUCAGUGGAUCAUAUAAUCAGUACUUAUUUGGAGUUUUGAUUUUGUAUAAUUCAGAAUAAAAGAUACAUCUAGAUCCUGAA